AUGCCACCGUUGACGGCACCAACAAAGACAGACAACAACCUACAAAACACUUCCGACCAUAGCUUGGAGCUUUUGCUGCAAUUUGACAAUGAAACCGCCGUCGUGCUCAACGACAAACACAGCUUGGGAGGUGAAUGCUUGAUGGCAUACAAUGACAAGGAGAAUACGGAGAAGAACAAAGCUCUCCGAAACUUGCCUGCAAAAAUUUCAAGAGCAUCAAAUGACAGCAAAAGCCCAAGUAAGCCCCCAAUUCUUGAUGCUAGCAAUAAUUUGGAAACAAAAUGGACGCCAUGCGGACAACAGCGUGAUUCUAUUGCCUUUUGGAAGAAUCCAUCUUUUCUUGUUCAGAGUGUAGGCCAUCACAAGUCCGUCCAACGCGGUUUUUGUUCCACCCUUUCUUCCUUGCAUGGCAAGAUGACUUACCUGAAUUCCCCACCAAAAAAGGCAGCAACUACUAUAAUCAAGAGCCGGCGCAAACGGGGUGUAUACACUUCCCAAAGCCGACCAUUAAGCGCCUCAGGUGGCACGCAAUCUUUUCAGAUUCUGGUAAAACCAGGCCAAGUUUUUGGCUUGAUUGAAGGCAUUGCCUCGUAUUCAGAUCCAAAGAACUAUGUGCGUGCCGUGGUUGAUGGAGAUAUCAAAGCAUUACCCAGAACGGGGCGUGUUUCGGAGCUUAUUGGAGCUGUCAAACCUGGCCACUGGACGGUUUCCCGGCGUUCAGUUUUUCGACGUUUGGAGCCUUUGGAUUGGGAGGGCCAGCGUGUGCGCUUGCGCCAUGACUUUUUCUUGGAUGACUCCUCCGUAAAAGGCACCGCUGAAUUGAUUGGGGAAGUUGUCAAUCCCUCAAUUAAUUGUCUCUUGUGCUUGCUUGAUCAUCAAGGAAUAGUGGCUCCUCACAAUAUUCAAAACAUAUGUGCUGGUUCAUUGACGUUAGCAGCCUUUGACGGGUUUGUUUCUUGGUCAGACUCUUGCAAUCGUGGUGGAGAUGUGUCGCGAGACAUAUUGAGCCGCACUGUUAACAAUGCUUUUGAUGGAAUGGAAAGUGCUCCUAUCAAUCAUGCUUUAGUUCCUGUGCCUCUCUUCGAAACGUUUGCAGAGGCCAAAUCUUUAGCAAGCACUCAGUCAGGAUGUAUGAUGAUUGGAGGCUUUGACUUAUCAUGUAAAGCCUACAAACUUCAUGUCUUACGUGACAAGAACACCGGCCAUACUGUGGCUGUGGACAUAGUCUUUCAUGUAAAGUUGCCUCACUGGAGUUUGAAGUGUUUGCCGGACAAAAGGAUUGUCCAAAAGCAAAGCAUGUACAUUCCAACUUUAACACAGGCUCGUCUCAAACAACACAACGAUGAAUUGUUGUUGGGGUCAUCGGAGGAUCCUGUCAAGCGUCUCUGGGGGUACAAAAAGCGCAAGUGGAAUGAUGUAAUGAAUGGCGAAAUAACCGCUGCUAAAGAGCAGAGAAAGACCCAACAUCCAAACAAGGAUCGUACUCAGAGAAGUAGUGCAUGGACUUCCCUUGAUGCAGCGGAAGUGCCCACAAUCAAAGCGGUCUACAAAGAUAGAGUCGCUUUGCACAAGCAACAUCCUUCAACGGAAGUACUCGUGAUUGAUAGGAAGGACCACUUUGUCUCUAAGGCAAUUUUCCUCAACUCCAUUUUCACACUCACAUCUACCGGAAAUGGACUGGAAGAGCCCGCAUCCUGGACUGAGUCACUCGAACCCAAAACGCUAUUUUAUGACAAUACAUGCGAUUCAGCAGUUGUCGUUUUUGACAAAAGCGUCAUAGGAGCAACUGUUACUGUUGACGAUCCCUUCAAGGAAAAAGACUGCUUUGGAAUCGAGAAGAAAUGUAAAGAAUGCCUGGGCAACAUCAUUGGUACCUUACGGCCACAUUUUCCCUCAUUACAUGACGUUUUUUAUGGAGUGAACAACCAAGAGUUUGUUUGCGAGCUAAAUACGGAAGAUAUGACCGUUCUGGAUUCAGCGAUCACUCACGAUGAUACAAAUGUUGCUUUUCACGAUCUACUCUUUGGGUAUGCUCAACAAGACGAAAACGCAGAACCUCUGGGACUGCUUGAUGAAUCACUUUCAACCAGUGCAGUUUGGGACUUUGUAAAUGCAGCUGUGACAUUGAUUGUACUCCUUCCUCUCCUUCUGUGGACCUUUGAAGUGCUGCAGAAGGUGUCAAUACACUCACUAGACCAAUCAGUAGUGUAUGCUGAAGUUUCUCGAGCUGAAGGAAGCUAA